AUGGCGAUGCAGACCCUGGACACAGUGAAUCCCCUGGUGCUUCUUGCCGGUGGCGAGACACUACUGGUUACAAGCUUCUCAAUGAUCAUUCUCAAGACAAAGGCGCGAGCAACCAUUCUCCGUACCUUGGGAAUUGCCGCGUUGGGUUUUCUUACCUAUUUUCUCGAGCAAUACAUUUCUCAGUUAUGUCUCCGUGGUGGGAGACCACACUGGGCCGUUACCGCCGGUUCACUGCUCUGGGUUCAGUUUCUCAGCGCAUCGGAGCUAGCGAUAGUAUCUCGUGUUGAUGUUUCUCAACUACCCAACCAUAACACUCGGGGUGAUAUAUUAUCAGCUGUCGGUCUCUUGUGGAAUAUGCGCCGAAUCGGCACACGGUGGCAAGUAAAGAAUGUGCCACUAGCGACCGGCUACGAAUCUCGCACAGCCUUUCUUUUGAGACGCAUAGCUGUGACGUUGGGCACUUACCUUUUUGUUGAUGCCCUGGUUUCUAUGCCUCCACCAGAUCCUGCCCUAGUUGAGGCCAGUAAGACAACAUUCUUACUGCAUACUUUAAGUCUUGAGGACGCUAUAUUCCGCGUUGCAAUGACAAUAUCUUAUUGGAUUAGCACUGGAAUUCUCAACCUUUUUAUGACCAAUGUAGGAGCAAUCGUUUCGGUGCUUCUGCACCUCAGUAGACCGGAAGAUUGUCCUCCUCUCUACGGUUCGUUUUCAGAGGCAUAUACGGUUCGUCGCUUUUGGGGCAUAUCUUGGCAUCAGAUGUUCAGAAGCUUUCUGACCGGGCAUGCAGACCUGAUUGUUGAUGCUCUCCCUAUUUCACUCUUCACUUAUGUCUCAGGAGGCAUUUUCGCUCAAACGGAUUUAACCUUUGUGCUAUUCCCCAUCAUAACUAUUUGGAAACUCAAUAUGGCCCUAAGACGCAAAAUCGGUCUUUGUUUUCUCAUGGCCGGCUCGCUCUUUGGCAUGGUCAGUUGCAUUAUGCGGAUCCUCACAUUCCGCACAGCAACCUUCUCCCAGUCGGCCGAGGGUGUGCUCUGGAACAGUAUCGAACAGUCCUUAGUCGUUAUUUUGGGGUCUAUGCCAUUACUUCCUGCGAUACAAAAACUACAGAUCGGCUUUCUAUCUAAUAUCAGCAGUUCACUAUUCAGCCUUCUGCCUAGCAAAGACCGCUCUGCGAAGCAAGGGUAUCCUAAUUCGUCCGGAUCUAAGAGCAUGGGAUUCAAGGCGAAUAGCCAAGAGGAAAUGAUCAGACUAGAUAGCAGGGAGGUUUAA